AUGGACCAUAGGGGCCACUUGAAAAGUCUUGAAGAGAUGAAUCACCUGCACAAUGUGAAAUAUCUCGAGACGAGUGAUAUAACAGAUUUUAACAAGAAAAGUGCAUAUUACAUUUGCAAACAAAUUUCAGAAAAGCAGUUAUGUAAUGAAGGUGGGCAUGUUGUGAUAGGUCUUUCUGGUGGGAAAACACCCAUUGAUGUGUAUAAAAAUAUAUCUGUAAUAAAGGACAUAAAAAUUGAUACAAGUAAAUUAAUAUUCUUCAUAAUUGAUGAAAGAUAUAAAAAUGAUAAUCACAAAUUUAGUAAUUAUAAUAAUAUAAAAUUUUUAUUUCAUAACUUAAAUAUAAAUGAGAAGGAACAAUUAUAUAGACCAGACACAUCAAUGAAUCUUGUCGAUUGUGUACGAGAUUAUAAUGAGAAAAUAAAGAGUAUGAUGAAAAAAUAUGGAAAAGUAGAUAUUGCUAUAUUAGGCAUGGGUAGCGAUUUUCACAUAGCCAGCUUAUUUCCAAAUAUAUUUUAUAAUAUAUACAUGAACAAUUAUCAGAAUAGUUAUAUAUAUGAUGAAUCAUCGAUAAAAUUAAUGAAUACUAAUGAUAACGACAAUGAUAAUUUACAUCUACUAAAGGAAUAUGUAUACUUUACAACAACCAACAAUUUUGAUGUGAGAAAAAGAAUUACUGUAUCGUUAGAUUUACUGGGAAAUGCUUUAAGCAAAAUAUUUUUAUUAAAUUCAGCAGAAAAGUUAGAUUUAUGGAAAAAUAUGCUUUUAAAAUCAUAUAUAGAAGUAAACUAUUCCUUAUACCCAGCUGUUUACUUAAUUGAUUCAAUGAAUACUACUGUGAUAACUUGUGGUUAUACAAAUUAUACAAAAAAGUUGGAUGAAAUUUAUGUAUCCAAUAAUUCGUUUUCCUUACAUUCACCCAGAAUAAAUAGAAGAGAACUAUUAACAAUUAUAAUUUUUGGAUGUUCAGGAGAUUUAGCAAAAAAAAAAAUUUACCCAUCUAUUUUUAAACUAUUUUGUAAUAAACGCUUGCCAAAGGAUUUAUUAGUAGUAGGGUUUGCCAGAACAUCUCAGGAUUUUGAUUCUUUUUUUGAUAAAAUUGUUGGAUAUUUAAAAAAAUGCCUACAUAGUUAUAAGGAUUUAUCACUUAUUCAGAAAAAAGACCUUUUAAAUAGUUUUAAAAACAGAUGCAGAUAUUACAUUGGAAAUUAUUCCUCUUCAGAAAGUUUUGAGAAAUUUAACAAAUACCUGACACAACUGGAGCGCGAAAAUUUGGCUACCAGCCCUCCUGAAAGUUAUUAUCAAGGGGGAAAUAUCUUAUCUAUUGAAUCGCCAAGGAAAAUGGAAAUAGAAAGCCCCAAAUUCAAUUCAAAUGGAACGAUUGAUGGAACAAAUGAAAAAAUCAUAGGAGAAGUAAACAAACUAUCAAGCCCUAGGAAGAACAAAAAUUCACAAACAGAUGAGACAACAGAUUUAGGAUAUUCGAUUACAAGUCACCCGUUCCUUAUAAGCAGAAUGUUGUACUUAGCCCUCCCUCCACACAUAUUUGUAAGCACAUUAAAGAAUUACAAAAAAUAUUGCCUAAAUUGUAAUGGAACAGAUAAAAUAUUGCUAGAAAAACCAUUUGGAAAGGAUUUGGAAUCAUUUAAAGUGUUAUCAAAGCAGAUAUUAGAAAAUUUUAAUGAAGAGCAUAUAUACAGAAUAGAUCAUUAUUUGGGAAAGGACAUGGUUUCAGGAUUACAAAAACUAAAAUUUACAAACACAUUUUUAUUAUCUCUUAUGAAUAGACAUUUUAUUAAAUGCAUAAAAAUAACUUUGAAGGAAACAAAAGGAGUUUAUGGUAGAGGGCAAUACUUUGAUCCUUAUGGGAUAAUUCGAGACGUUAUGCAAAAUCAUAUGUUGCAAUUAUUGGCAUUAAUAACAAUGGAAAAUCCUAUAGAUUUUAAUGAUGAAUCUGUAAAGAAUGAAAAAAUAAAAAUACUUAAAUGUAUUCCAUCUAUAAAAUUAACUGAUACAAUAAUUGGACAAUAUGUUAAAUCCGAGAAUUACCAUGAAAGUAAAGAUUCAUCAGCCAACGAUGAACAUUUAAUAGAUGAAUCGAAAAGAAAUCAUAGUUACCAUGAUGAUCCACACAUAGAUCCAAAUUCAAUAACACCAACCUUUUGUACUUGUAUUCUAUAUAUCAAUUCGAUAAAUUGGUAUGGGGUACCAAUUAUAUUCAAAGCAGGAAAAGGAUUAAAUAAAGAUAUAUGUGAAAUUCGAAUUCAGUUUCAUAACAUCAUGGGUUCAUCUGAUGAAAGUAUGUAUAAUAACGAAUUUGUUAUUAUACUUCAACCUGUUGAAGUUAUAUAUCUAAAAAUGAUGAUAAAAAAAACUGGAUGUGACGAAAUGGAAGAAGUUCAAUUAAAUCUAACAGUUAAUGAUAAAAAUAAGAAUAUUAAUGUACCAGAAGCUUAUGAAACGUUAUUGUUAGAAUGUUUUAAAGGUUAUAAAGAAAAAUUCAUUUCAGAUGAAGAGUUGUAUGAAUCAUGGAGAAUAUUUACUCCACUUUUAAAUGAAUUACAAGAAAAAAAAGUCAAUCCUUUGAAAUAUCCUUUUGGUUCCUCGGGGCCUAAGGAAGUUUAUGACCUUGUUAAGAAGUAUUAUAACUAUGGUAAAAAUUACGCGAACACACCUGAGUUUGUCCGGAAGUCUUCUUUCUAUGAGGAUAAUUUAUUAGAUAUUAAUUAG